AAAAAAAAAAAAGCACUCCCCGAUCCAUCCAUCCAUCUCUUCUCCCAGAUCACUCAGCACCCACCGGUGGUCCACCAGCGAGCGACCCGCAGAGAAAAUACCAAGAUGGCCCCGAUCUCCAUCAAAACCGUGCUGAUCAGUGAAAGUGUAGACCCUCGCUGCAAGGCGAUUCUGGAGGAAAAUGGCAUCCGAGUCACGGAGAAGCAGAACAUGACUAAGGAUGAAUUAAUCGCGAAGAUAAAGGACUAUGAUGGCCUCGUGGUUAGAUCUGCAACCAAGGUAACAGCUGAUGUUAUCAGUGCUGCUAAUAAUCUCAAAAUUAUUGGAAGAGCUGGGACCGGUGUGGACAACGUAGAUGUUCCUGCCGCCACCAAAAAGGGCAUUAUUGUCAUGAACACGCCGAGUGGCAACACGAUCAGUGCUGCUGAGCUGACAUGUGCUCUGCUCAUGAGCCUCUCAAGAAAUGUGCCACAAGCAGCGAUGUCAAUGAAGCAAGGGAAAUGGGAUCGCAAGAAGUUCAUGGGUGCAGAGCUGUACGGCAAAGUGCUCGGAAUAGUCGGACUUGGAAGAAUAGGAAAGGAGGUCGCCUCGAGGAUGCAGUCAUUUGGCAUGAAGACUAUUGGCUAUGAUCCAAUCACUCCUCCAGAGGUGUCAGCCACCUGGGGGGUGGAACAGAUGUCUCUGGAGCAGCUCUGGCCCCAGUGUGAUUACAUCACUGUCCACACUCCCCUGUUGCCCUCUACUGUUGGUCUCCUUAACGAUGAAAGCUUUGCCAAGUGCAAGAAAGGCGUGAAGGUCGUGAACUGUGCAAGAGGGGGCAUCAUCGAUGAGGAGGCUCUGCUCAGAGCCUUGGAGUCUGGACAGUGUGGAGGAGCAGGCCUUGACGUCUUUGUGGAGGAGCCACCUAAGAACCACUCACUGGUGGAGCAUCCCAACGUCAUCAGCUGCCCUCACCUAGGAGCCAGUACGAAGGAGGCUCAGGCUCGCUGUGGGGAGGACAUUGCCCUGCAGAUCGUGGACAUGGUGAAGGGAAAGAACCUGGUUGGAGCAGUAAAUGCUCAGGUCUUGGCUAGCACGUUCUCCCAGGAGUCGCAGCAACUGAUUAAACUCGGAGAAGCCGUUGGAUCUGUUCUUCAGUCUUUCAGCGCGUCUAAGAAACCAUUCAGUCAUGUUCAAAUCACUACUCAAGGGGAUUGCAUGAAGUCCUCCACUGGUUACAUGACUUCAGCUGUGCUGGUGGGUUUACUCAAUCAUGAAUCAGGAUGUUGCCCGAACCUCAUCAACGCGCUGAGCUUAGCUAAGGAAACUGGAAUCACGGUUAACCAGGCCCACUGUGCAUCUGCCGGGGCCGCUGAAGGCGUGUGUAAGGUGGAGAUUGCGGCCACUGGCUGCAGCUAUAAAGCCAGCGGUUCAGUUCAAGGUGGAGUGCCUGUCCUCCUGGAGCUGUGCAACAGCGUGUUCAGACAGCCCAUCUCUCUCACUGGAAAUCUGCUCUUCUUUAAGGCCCCUGCGAAUCCUCAACUCCUGUCCUCACUGGCUGGAGUGUUGGCCACAGAGGGAGUGGAGAUUGAGUCUUUCAGUGCUCCUGCAGACCGCUCUGGGGAUCUGUGGUAUUGUGUGGGGGUGUCCUCUCUCUUGAGAGAUCUCAGUGCCUUGAACUCCGUGGUGAAGGAUGCAGCGCAGCUCGGCUUUUAAAUGACAGCGCAAAGCACUUACAGAGGCACUGAAUAGCAUUCAGGAUGUGAGAUCUGUAACAUUUUCAGGAGCGUCUAAUAUAAAUGAUCCGGUCUUUGUGUUUACAGCUAACAACUCGUUCAGAAGUUGCAGUUUAAAACCUGCAUUUUAUAACAUUCCAGUGUUUAGAUGUUUUUAUUAACUUGUAGAAGUAGAAAUUAAAUAAAAAUGUUCGUUGUACGCUGCUCAGUUUGUUGUUUGAUCCUUUUAAAGAAGACUUUCUAAUUUGAACGCAUUAUAUUUUUAUAUUUUAAAAAUACUUCACUACACAGCUCGAGUUCAGUACGACGGCCCUUCAAUAAUUCCUCUAUUAAAAUGUUAAAUGUGU